CAAAUUACGUUAAGUGAAUGUGCUUAGAUCCACCUGCCUCUAUUUAUUUAUGCGUAGAUUUAACAUCGGUAGAACAACAAUAUAUCCUGAAAUUAUGUCUAAUUGCCAACUUGUUUUUCAUAAAUCACAACAGAAUCAUGAAGCGCAUUUCAGGAUGUUGCAUCUUCAAACACAUGGAUACAGAUGUUCAUGUCCUCUAGUACCUUUUGGAUUCACUUGUGUCCAGUUUCCUUAAGUAUUCUUCACCUCCUCCUCAUGUACCAAAGGUAAAAUGACUUGCAUGGACUGAUCUCUGUCCUAGAAUAUACUCUAAACUGGACAGUCCUGGAGCAGUCUGAUCUGGCUCACCCAUCUUCGAUUGGUGGUGUUGCAAUAAAUAAUCCUGAGAGAUCCCCUCCAGUCUAAGCAGUUCUGUGAUUCUUUGAUACUUUUGCCUUGUUCCAGAGCUUUAUGUAAGAAAUCAUGCGUUCAAGUUCCACUUCAGCUUGAGUGACCUUAGCUCCUGACAGUGCAACAAGGCCAUCAGUAGGAAGGUUUUGCUUUCAGCCACAAAGAAAGGAAAACAGUGGUCUACUGGGAAUGGUCCCAUUUCUAGCCUUACACUGUGAAAUACUGCAGAGUUCUUACACACAAACUCCCAGAGCCACAACAAGCCAUCAACUUUUAUUUCCUUUCUCAGUAAACCUAUCAUAACUGAUAAGGCUUUAUGGCUGGUUUUUAUUGUUCAAGCAAUCAAAUGGAAAGUUUUUCUUCACGUCUGCUGCAAGCUCAAUGGUCCGUCCACAAACAGGUCCACUGACGGAACAUCCUCACUGUCUUCUUAGCGUCUUUCCAUAGGGACAGACAUAGCUGAUGUUCAUUUGCGCAUCCAUCUGUUCUCCUCAGUUAUCUCCACAGAAAACAGACAGCCAUUUCCAGCUGUUGCCAUAACUCCUUACCAGUAAUUGGUAAUGGAAGCCCAGCGCUUCCAUGACAUCAAAUAACUUUUCUCUGGAAGCACUGGUAGGAAAGAGCUGCUUUUUUUUCAAAGAAGGGCGAGAAGAAGCGCCCGUCUGAGUUAAUUGGCGAGACACUCAGAAAUGUCACAUCUGAGGUUAAUUCCGUUCUCAGCCAGAGGGCACUCAAAGCAGCAUCACUUAGAGCGAUGAGCAGCCGGCUGCUGGGUACGCCGUGGGCUUGGCAGGAUGUUUUCCAUCAUUGUUACUGCACAAAGCUGCCGUGUGUUGUAACACUACGAUCUGAGUCGCUUGCACAUUCCAGUCACUGAAUGCUGUUUCUGAGCCCUUUAUCUCUGCAGUUCUCAUUCCCGUUUUGUAAACUUGUUCACCCCAAGCGGAGACACGGCACAAAGCACAUCGGUGGGUUACAUGUUCUGCUCCCAGGCAGUCUAAAUAAAUAGAUAAAUAAAUAAAUAAAUAAAAGCGCUUCGGUUCUCUUUCCGCAAACUUCGCGAUUCUGGUUUGUGGCAGCCUCAGAGCGCCUCAACAGCGUUCAGAGCGGGGGAAGGUGGAACGGCUGUAGAGCCGCUGGAGGGGGCACGGGCGUUUCCAGGCGUUCCCGUCGCCGCAUAACGGCAGCGGGGCGGCGUCCCGCCCGUGGUUCAUCCCGGGCGCGGAGGGGCAGCGCCGUGACCCCGCCUCGUGCUGGGGUGGAGGGGGCGGCGGGCGGGGUGAGUCAGCGCGGGGAGGGCCGGUAAAGGAGCGGAUGAAAAGCGCUCAGUGUGUCGGUUACGGCGGGUGGGGGGCGGCAUUCCUCCUGCAGAGCGAAAGCGUUACUGAGCUGAGGGUGCGCGGCAGCCGACGGCCCGUACUGCCGGCCCGGCCAUGGGGCAGCCGCGGUCCGGCCGGGAGCGCUGCUCCUGCAGCAACACCAACUGCGUGGAGCGGCCCCUGACGCGGCUCUUCGAAGCGCUGGGGCGCGUCGUGGCCGCCCGGCCCUGGCCCUUCGUGCUGCUGCCGCUGCUGCUGUCGGCCGGGCUGGGCGCCGGCUUCUACUUCCUGCCGGACCUGCAGACGAACGACAUCGAGGGCCAGUUCACGCCGACCGGCGGGCCCGCCAAGGCCGAGCGGGACUCGGUGCGGCGGCACUUCCCCACCGACGACUCGCAGCGCUUCUCCGCCGAGCGGCUGCCCACGGAGGGCGCCUACGCCGCGCUCAUCGCCGUGGCGGCGGGGGACGCCUCGGUGCUCGACGUGCCGGCGCGGAACGAAGUGCUGCGGCUGGACAACUUGACGCGCCACCUCGGCUACGAGCGGCUCUGCGCCCGCAGCGGCGGCGCUUGCGUCCUCGCCAACCCGCUGCUGCCGAUGCUGGACAACGGCAGCGCCCUGUCCGAGCUGCGCUUCCCCGGCAGCGGCGCCGCCUUCCUGGGCACGGCGCUGGGCGGCGUGCGGACGGACGGCGGCGGGCGCGUGGAGCGGGCGCGGGCCCUGAAGCUGAUGUAUUACCUGCGGGAGGACGGCGGCCAGGCGGGCGACAGCCGGGCGUGGCUGGAGACGUUCGUGCGGGACUUCCCGGCCGAGCUGCGGGAGCUGAACCUCACGGCCGUCGAGGUGACGUACUUCACCUCGCUGUCCAGACAGGAGGAGUUUGAAGGGAACACCAAGAGCGUCAUCCCGCUCUUCUCCAUCACCUACUUCUUGACCAUCACCUUCUCGGUCGUCUCUUGCCUGAGGCUGAACUGUGUAAGAAAUAACAUCUGGCUUGCAUGCUGUGGAGUGCUUUCCUCCGGUUUAGCUGUAUUAAGCAGCUUUGGAUUGAUGAUGUAUUGUGGAGUUCCGUUUGUGGCAACUGUAGCAAAUGCUCCAUUUCUUAUUCUUGGAGUCGGUGUGGAUGACAUGUUUAUCAUGAUCUCUUCCUGGGAACAGAGCUCAAGCAAGGCAGACAAAACAGACACUAAAUCUCGGCUGGCUGAGACUUACAGCGAAGCAGCGCUUUCUGUGACAAUCACCACUCUCACAGAUGUCUUGGCCUUCUUCAUUGGCACCUGGACUGCUUUUCCUUCUGUGAGGUCAUUCUGCCUCUACACCGGCACUGCCUUUGUCUUCUGCUAUGUCUAUGUUAUUACCUUCUUUGGGGCAAUUAUCGUGUUAGAUCAUAGAAGAGUGAAAGGAAACCGACACUGGUUAACUUGUAUGCAAGUGAAAGUAGGAAAGAAGUCCUGCUUGUAUAACGCAUGUUGUUUAGGCAGCUGUUCCAGUGAGCCGCCUGAGCCAGAAACCAGCGAGGCAGAAAGCGAGCAUCCAAUGAGCGUAUUCUUCAAAAAGUAUUACGGUCCUUUCUUGACAGGUAAAUGGAUCAAGCUUCUUGUGGUGUUGCUGUAUGGAGCAUAUUUGGGUGGCAGUAUUUAUGGAUGCACCCAGAUGAAGGAGGGCAUAGAUCUUCGAAACCUGGCUAGCGAUGACUCUUACGUUAUUUCAUACUAUGACGACGAUGACAAAUACUUCUCAGAAUACGGACCCAGGGUCAUGGUUGUCGUUACUGACAGCGUGAAUUACUGGGAUGAGUCCGUUCGUAAUGACAUUGAGGCUUGCAUGCAGGAUUUAGAGGACAUUGCCUACAUAGACAGGAACCUCUCACUGUCGUGGCUGCGAGUGUACACCGGAAUUGCUGAAAAUGGUUUAAUAAAUAUAAAUAAUAAGGAUAAUUUCAUUAAUAACUUAUCUGUACUAUUCCACUACUAUCCCAGUUUUGAGUGGGACAUUGACAAGACUGCAGAAGGAAUAGCAGCUUCUCGUUUCUUCAUCCAGACAGUGAAUGUCACCUCAGCUGUUGACGAGAAAAAUCUGUUACAUCAGUUAAGAGACAGAGCCGAGCAGUGCGUAGUUCCACUCAUGGUGUACCAUCCAGCAUUCAUCUACUAUGACCAGUACCUGGUAAUAGUGCAGAACACCAUUCAGAAUGUUGCCAUCGCUGCUGGGGCGAUGCUCGUUGUCUCUCUUGUGCUUAUUCCCAGCCCACUGUGUUGCUUGUGGGUGACUUUUGCUAUAGCUUCCGUUAUCGUUGGCGUUGCUGGUUUCAUGGCAUUUUGGGACAUCAGCCUUGACUCCAUAUCCAUGAUUAACCUGGUCAUUUGCAUUGGAUUUUCGGUAGAUUUUUCUGCACAUAUUUCCUAUGCCUUUGUUACGAGUGAAGAGUCAUCGGCCAAUGCAAAGGCAAUAGGAGCUCUGCACCAGCUGGGUUACCCAGUGUUACAAGGAGCAGUAUCCACUGUGCUAGGAGUAGUUGUCCUGGCCGCAGCCAAAACCUACAUCUUCAGAACAUUUUUUAAGAUCAUGUUUCUUGUUAUUUUGUUUGGGGCUCUUCACGGUCUGGUGUUUAUUCCAGUAUUUCUCACCUUUUUUGGAUACUUUGGAAAAUCGCCACCCGUUACUGAAACUAAAAUGCAAGACUUUAGAUAUAGAAAUGACAAAGACCGUGCAUAACUAAUUUAAAUGUUUAAAAUUAUGUAUACAUUAUUUGGAGUUUAAAACGCAGCUACUUGGGGGGAAUGUAAGAAAUGAAGGACGGGAAGGAUGGAAUAAUACAGCAGAGAGGCAAAGGCUCAAGAAAAGCCAGGCAUUAAGUAACAGAAGAAGUGAAAGUGCACAGAAUGGAUUUGCAUUUCCUCCUUUUUUGUGUGCUCAACUUUGUAACUUUAAUGUUAAGCCUUCUUCCUGGCAUGUGUGAAAAUUGUUUACUGAAUGUAUUGAAACUGAAAUUAUUCUGAACACUAAAGAUAGUCCCAGUGUGAUGGACUUUUACAGUUCAGUCAGGAAAUACACAGAAAAGGCUACAGCAGCCAUUGGUUUCAUGCAUUUCCUGGCUGUUUGCCUUGAUGCAGUCACUCUACACUGAGCCUGUAGACAGUUUCCUCAAGAGACUCGAACCUUGAGGUUUUACAUUAUGAUGAUCAGCAGGUGAGUACUGCCUCAUUCUGCAAUGGUUCAUAAGCGUUUGGGAGACUUCGUCCCAUAGGGAAGACUAACUGACUCAUGUUUUUUUGUUCAAAUGGAUCUUUUCUUGCUAAGAUUAAACAAAUUGUAUCUUUAAGACGA